AUGACUCUCGAAGCCCUUCUCGAUCGCCAGCAUGAACUUUUCGGCCUCAUCGCUCGCGCUUGCGAGAACCUACAAAAGCUCGGUCCUUCGAAGACCACCCGUGGUGCGGUGCAAAGUCGUCUAACAAUUUUAAAGGCAAAUUGGGAAAAAUUCCAGGCUCAACACGAAAAUCUAUACAAGCUGAAAUCGUCAGAAUUAAAGAAACUGGACUACAUUGUCGAUAAAAUCUACGAGCAAUGCGAAGAGAAAUUUGCCGAAGCGCAAGGCACUAUGCUCACUAUCCUCGACAGUUUUGCACCACCUCAACAGAAUACAUCAGCCGAAAUUUCUAUGAACUCAUCGUCCGCAUCACAUUCUCGACGUUUGCCUCGCAUCGAUUUACCAAAAUUCAACGGCGAAUAUUCACAGUGGAAUCAUUUCCGAGAUCUCUUUGCUUCUAUGAUCAACGCGAAUACCGAUCUCUCUGCAGUCGAAAAGCUUCAUUAUUUAAAGAUGAGCCUAUCGGAUGAACCGGCUACUCUCUUGAAAGGCGUUGAGAUAUCAAGUGAAGGAUUCAAUCGCGCAUGGGAUACUCUCAUUGACCGUUACGACAACAAGCGUAUCCUGAUAGAGGCUCAGCUCUCCGCUCUGUUUUCGAUUCGCAAGGCGAAAUCCGAAUGUGCAUCGGAAGUGAAACGCCUUCUCUGCGAAUUGAAGGAAGCAAUCGGAGCCCUCGCUACAUUGGGCUGCCCGGUUCAUCACUGGGACAUCAUUCUCAUCUUUAUGACAGUGCGCAAACUAGAUGUCGAAUCUGUUAAGGAGUGGGAAAAAUCACUCGGAGCCACCUCGCAACCACCAUCGUUCGCCGACUUCGAGAAAUUUCUUCUCGGUCGUAUUCUCACUCUCGAAGCCUUCGAACGAACAACGAAUUCUCGGAAACAAAACGCAAGUGCACCUCGAUCUCCAGCUCACGCUCGGGCAUAUACCGCUACUGUGACUGAUCAAAAGUGUGCGUUGUGUUCAUCGGGACAUUACAUUGCCUCGUGUCCAAAGUAUCUCGAAAAGACACCCAUGCAGCGAAAGGAAGUAAUAAUUUCGAAAAAUCUCUGCUUUAAUUGUCUCGGGCCUCAUCAGAUAAAAUCAUGCCGCUCAACAAAACGCUGUCGUCUCUGCCACAAGCAACAUCACUCCACGUUACAUUAUCAAGCCGGUAACGCAGAUGCGAUCGAUGCAUCAGCUGCACACUCAGACUCGUCGACGCCUGUCGUCAAGACAAUCACAUCGUCUCCGCCGGCAAUUCAUACUGCAGGAUCGGAAGUCUCGUUUGUCUCGGAAUCGGUCGCCCAAUUAUUAAAACUCUCGCGUCAAGCGGCGGCUAUUCCGAUUCUCGGCAUCGGAGCUCAUCGCUCAAGCAUAUCAAACGGACUCGUCUGUCUCAAAGUGAUAUCUCAAGUGCAUAAAGACAGUUCUCUCGAAGUCGAUGCUCUCGUACUGCCGAAAUUAACGUCCUAUCUGCCUCCCGCGCGUGUCGAAUAUACUCAGUGGCCGCACAUACAAGGUCUUGAGCUCGCGGAUCCAAACUUCGCCACGCCCGAAAAAAUCGAUCUCAUACUAAGUGUAACGGUGCACGCUCAAAUACUCAAAGACGGUAUUCGUCGAGGAAAUAUCGGCGAACCCAUCGCUCAAGAAACGACUCUCGGAUGGGUGCUAUCAGGGCCCCUCUCAAAUGAUAAUCAGAAGACCAACGCCAUGGAAAACAACUCAGUCAUCGGUCUUCAGUGCUCUCUCGACUCUGAGCUCCUGGAGCUCCUUCAACGCUUCUGGACACAAGAAGAAAUCGCGCCUGCCUCUCAAAUCUCAAUGUCUCCAGAAGAAUCUCAGUGCGAAGAACAUUUCAACAUGACUCAUUCUCGCGACGUCAACGGACGAUUUGUUGUACGCUUGCCUCUCAAGAAGAGUGUUAGUGAAUUUGGUGACUCUCGCUCUAUCGCACUCAAGGCGUUGUAUCGCAUGGAAAAACGAUUCGAAACGAAUCCAUCGCUCAAAAUCCAGUAUAUCGACUUUUUACGUGAGUAUCGUUCUCUCGAUCACAUGCGUCCCGUCGCAUCAAACCGCGCCCAAUCUCGCGAGUUUUUUCUACCGCAUCACGGUGUUACGCGUGAAACUAGCACGACAACAAAACUGCGCGUCGUGUUUAACGGAUCGCAAAAAACAAAUCUCGGCUUGUCGUUAAAUGAGUAUCUCCUUGUCGGGCCGAAACUACAAACGGAUCUCGCGGACAUCCUCAUCCGUUGGCGACGGCAUCGAUACGUGUUCGCGGCCGAUAUCGAGAAAAUGUAUCGGCAGAUUCGCGUGCACGAGGAUGAUUGGCCGUUACAGAAAAUUCUUUGGCGGGACUCUCUCGACGAAAGGCCUCAAGAAUAUGCAUUGUGUACCGUAACGUACGGCCUCGCGUGUGCUCCAUAUCUCGCGCUACGCUGUUUACGGCAACUCGCUCUCGAUUACGAUUCGACUCGCCCUCACGCUUCCGAAACUCUUCGUCGCGACACAUACGUCGAUGAUAUUCUCUCCGGCGACGAAAGCAUCUCUCAGGCGAAAGAAAAAAUCUCGCAACUAAGAACCACUCUCACGGCGGGCGGCUUUACGCUCCGAAAAUGGAUCGCUAACGACUCAAAUCUGCUCGACGAUAUCCCUGCCUGCGAUCGCGAAACAUCUCCUACGCUCUCGGUCAACGACAGUGCGAUACAUCAUACUCUCGGUGUGCGUUGGGAACGCCAAUCAGACAGUUUCGUGUUUUCUCCGCCGUCGCUCACGAUCUCGAAAAAUCGCGUUACAAAACGCUCAGUGCUAUCGCUUAUCGCACGCAUGUUUGAUCCACUCGGAUGGAUUACGCCUAUCACAGUUACCGCAAAGCUGUUCAUGCAAGAACUGUGGGCCAUACGUCUCGACUGGGACGACGAACUCCCGGAAGAUUUAAAGUCACGAUGGACAAGCUACGUCGCUCAACUCACAUGCAUCUCUCGUCUCGCUAUCUCGCGUUGGUUUGGAACAAGUGCUUCGAAUCUCGCCGUGGAAGUGCACGGUUUCGCGGACGCAUCUCAAAGUGCACUCGCCGCGGUCGUUUAUCUCCGCGUUCUCAGUGACAUCGACGACGCUCAAAUAAAACUCAUUUGCUCAAAGACUAAAGUUGCCCCUCUCAAACGAAUGACUAUACCGCGUCUCGAACUCUCAGCUGCAGUGCUGCUCGUGCGUCAAGUUCUCAAAAUUCGCGAAGUGCUUGAACUACAAACCGCGCCAACCCAUCUCUGGACCGAUUCGACGGUCGCUCUUACGUGGAUCAAAAGUCAUCCAUCCCGGUGGAAAGACUUCGUACGGAAUCGUGUCUCCUUUAUUCAAGAGCUCUCAAAUUCUAGAUGGCAUCACGUCUCCGGGAAGGAGAAUCCCGCUGAUCUAGCAUCACGAGGCGUGACUCCUCAACGUCUUCAACAAAACGAGCUCUGGUGGACCGGUCCUCGUUGGUUACAUACGCAUUCGACAUCUUGGCCGUCUUCAAUUCCGAUUCUCGAGUCUACGGACAACCUCGAAGAACGGCCUCCGCAGUGUACAACUGCAGUGGAACAUCAUGAACAUAAACUUUCGAUGCUCGAUCGAUACUCAUCGCUGACGACCCUCAUCAGAACUACCGCCUGGGUCCAGCGUGCUCUUCAACUCUUUCGGAAAUCUGUCGCAUCACGCUCAUCUCACGAGCCUCUCACCGUCGAAGAGUUAGAAUCAGCGCUAAUGCUGUGGGUUAAACUCACGCAGCAAAUUUACUUCUCCUCCGAAAUCAAAACCUUGAAGAGCCAACGAUCACUCUCAACCUCGAGCUCUCUCUAUCGUCUAACGCCAUUCCUCGACAACGAAGGACUUUUGCGUUUACGCGGACGUUUAUUCCGGUCACAACUAGAUCCAGAAGAAAAACAUCCUCUGAUCUUACCUCGAAAAUGUCGAUUAUCCAUUCUUGUGAUGGAUCAUCAUCAUCGAAAGACUCUCCACGGCGGACCUCAGUUAACGUUAUCAUCGAUUCGUCAAAGGUUUUGGAUUAUCGGCGGUCGCGUUCCUAUCCGAGCAUUCAUCCACAAGUGCGUGAUUUGUGCUCGUCAUCAUGCUACUACUGGUCAACAAGCUGUAGGACAGCUUCCAGCAUCACGAGUUGUUCCGCGCCGACCGUUCUUCAACUCUGGCGUCGAUUAUGCCGGGCCACUGACUCUCAAAACUUUUCGCGGACGAGGCUGCAGAACGUACAAGGGAUAUUUCAUCAUUUUCGUUUGUUUCAGUACGUCUGCGAUACAUCUGGAAGUCGCGACUGACUAUUCUACGGACGGCUUUCUGGCGGCGUUCAGGCGAUUUACCGGACGGCGAGGCAUAUGCUCUACUCUGACUAGUGAUUGUGGCACGAAUUUGAUCGGUGCCGACGCAGAACUCAAACGGAUGUUCACGGCAUCUUCUCGCGAGUGGGCUCACAUCGCUAACAUUCUCGCAAAUGACGGAGUGAAGUGGAGUUUUAAUCCACCCUCCGCCCCCCAUUUUGAAGGAAAAUGGGAAGCUGGGGUGAAAUCCGUCAAAUUUCACUUGCGGCGAGUUCUCGGCGACGCUCGCCUCACCUAUGAAGAACUGACAACGCUCUUAGUGCAAAUCGAGGCGAUUCUGAACUCUCGCCCGCUCACUGCACUCUCAGAUGAUCCGUCGGACUCUACCGCUCUCACGCCUGGGCACUUUCUCGUCGGGUCCACUCUCGCUACCGUGCCGGAACCUUCGCUUCAAGAGGUACCUCAAAACCGGUUGUCACGUUGGCAACUAUUGCAAUGUAUGAAGGAAUCAUUCUGGCAACGAUGGUCGUCAGAAUAUUUACAGCAGCUACAGACUACCUCGAAACAAUAUCGACCUCAAGAUGCCUUUCGAAAAGGCGCUCUCGUUCUAAUCAAGGACGAACGAUUUCCUCCAACUAAGUGGCCUCUCGCACGCAUUACUGACGUGCACCCUGGAGUCGACGGACUUAUUCGAGUCGCCACAGUGAAAACAGCUACCUCAAGUUUUAAGAGACCUAUAGUGAAAUUGUGUUUGCUGCCGAUCGAAACUCAAUAG